CAUCGAACCUGUCCUGUCCUGUCCUGUCCCUACUAGACCUUGAAGAAAAAUGUCAACGUUCGCUGACUCUUUCACUCAACUCGGCGACGACUCCAUGGACUCUUUCGACUCAGUCCCACAUCAAGAAGAAGACACCAACGGCUACGAUGGGUACGACCCUUCUCAGCAAUUCGACUCUUUCGCCGACCAGUCCGAUCAUCCCAAGGGCUCGACUCAUGACAUGUUUGCACCGGAUCCGUACACAAACGGGGUAGAGUUUGGCCAAGAUUUUGACGGAUUGAACGGCCCGAUUUUGCCUCCGCCGGAGAUGGAGCCCGAGGAAGGGGUUGCUCUCAGGGAAUGGAGAAGGGAGAAUGCAAUUCGGUUGGAGGAGAAGGAGAAGAAGGAGAAGGAAUUAUUGAGCCAAAUAAUUGAUGAAGCUGAUCAAUUCAAAGUCGAGUUUUAUAAGAAAAGAGAGUUGACCUGUCAAAACAACAAGGCCAGUAACAGAGAGAGAGAAAAGAUAUUUGUAGCCAACCAUGAGAAAUUCCAUGCCGAAACUGAUAAGCAUUACUGGAAAGCAAUCGCAGAACUCAUUCCUAAUGAAGUGCCAACCAUAGAGAAGAGAGGGAAAAAGGAUAAGGUGAAGAAGCCUUCCAUUGUUGUCGUCCAGGGUCCUAAGCCGGGUAAACCAACUGACCGUUCGAGGAUGAGACAGAUACUCGUGAAACUAAAGCACGACACGCCUCCCCACCUGAAGCAUACUCCACCACCACCACCACCACCACCUGUGGCUGCCCCUGCAAAAGAUCAAGAUGCAAAAUCUAGUAAUACUUCUGUCCCGGCCGCUACUCCGGUCACAAGCUCCGCCGAUGCCAUAGUUGCUGCUUAAAUAGCUAUAUUUUAGCAUUUAUCAGCUUUUGUAUUAAAAACU